CUGGCAGGCCAGUAAGACGACAGUGAAGGACAGACUUGCCUACAUGUUUAACCAGAUUGUUUGUUUGUUUGUUUGUUUGCAGCCUAUGUACAACUGGCAGGCCAGUAAGACGACAGUGAAGGACAGACUUGCCUACAUGUUUAACAAUGAGGUGAUGAGUGAUGUGCACUUCAUCGUGGGCCGCGGUGAAGGCAUGCAGAGGAUCCCUGCACACAAGUUUGUGUUGGCCAUUGGCAGUGCAGUGUUUGAUGCCAUGUUCAACGGAGGCAUGGCCACCACCUCAGCUGAAGUAGAGCUGCCGGACGUCGAGCCUGCUGCUUUCCUCGCUCUCCUACGCUUCCUGUACUCGGACGAAGUUCAGAUCGGACCAGAGACUGUCAUGACUACGCUUUAUACCGCCAAGAAGUACGCCGUUCCCGCCUUGGAGUCGGCGUGUGUAGACUUUCUGAAGAAGAAUUUGAGCAGCGACAACGCCUUCAUGCUUCUGACCCAGGCGCGCCUGUUUGACGAGCCACAGCUGGCCCAGCUCUGCCUGGAGACGAUCGACAAGAACACGUCAGAAGCUCUUGCCGCGGAGGGUUUCGUGGAUAUUGACUUGGACACCCUGAAUGUGGUUCUGGAGCGGGACACGCUGGGGAUCCGCGAGUGUAAGUUGUUUGUCGCGGUGGUGAGGUGGGCCGAGCACGAGUGCCAGAGACAGCAGAUGGCCGCCACGCCGGAGAACAAGCGGCGCGCGCUGGGACAGGCGCUGCGCCUCAUUCGCUUCCCUCUCAUGACCAUUGAGGAGUUUGCCUCCGGCCCGGCGCAGUCCGGGAUCCUGACGGACCGAGAGGUGGUCAGUCUGUUCCUGCACUUCACGGUGAACCCCAAGCCUCCCGUGGACUUCCUGGACUCGCCGCGCUGCUGUCUGACGGGGAAGGAGCAGACCAUCAACCGUUUCCACGCCGUGGAGAGUCGCUGGGGGUACAGCGGGACCUCCGAUCGCAUCAGGUUUGUGGUGAACCGACACAUCUUUGUUGUUGGGUUUGGCCUGUACGGAUCCAUCCAUGGACCCACCGACUACCAGGUCAACAUCCAGAUUAUCCAGACGGACUCGGGUACCGUACUGGGUCAGAACGAUACGGGCUUCAGCUGCGACGGCUCGGACGCAACCUUCCGCGUCAUGUUCAAGGAACCCGUGGAGAUCCAACCCAACGUCAGCUACACCGCUUGUGCAACCCUGAAGGGUCCUGAUUCUCAUUACGGAACAAAGGGCAUGCGGAAGGUCAUCCACGAGUCGCCCAGCAGCGGGAAGGUCAUUUUCCAGUUCACCUACGCCGCCGGCAACAACAACGGGACGUCCGUCGAGGAUGGACAGAUCCCGGAAAUCAUCUUCUACACGUAAGAUAAA